UGUUGAAAAAGAAAAAGUACAUACAAAUCAGGAGAAAAAAGGAUUAAAAAAUAUUCAUCAUAAAAAAGAAGAUCUUACUACUAAGGAUUGUCAAUUAGAUAUUUUAUCCAAUACUAAUUUUAUCAAAAAGAAGCAUUCAAAAAUAACUAAUUUAUCUUCAACAAAUAUGGAAGCUGAGUAUAAGAAGCUCCAUGACCAUGAAAAUGAGUCUUUAAGUAGAGAAUACAAACUUAAAAAAGCUAAAGUUCAUAGAGAACGCGAAAAAAAUAAUCUAAUAGACAUUGAUAUUUAUUCUAUCAAAGACAGUGUAAUUGGUAAAUAUCACGCUGAUCCUUCAUCUAAUGAUAAUCAAAAUUUAAAGAAAAGAAAAAAUACUGAAGUGAUUAAUUCUUCAUCAAAAAGUGUAAUAAGCAAAAAACAAAAAUUUAAUGACAUUCAAGAUAAUGGCUUUGGAAAUAAUUAUACUAAAAAAUCAAAACAUGAGAAAACCAAAUCUAAAGACUUUGAUUUUUACCAUAAUAAAAAUGAUAUUGUUAUUGAAAACCACGAAUUAGAUUUUCCAAGUAAUAAUUGUAAUGUAAACAAAAAAAAUCAUUGCAAGAUUUCUAAUUCAUCUUCAUCAACAAUACAAUUAAAAAAUAAAAUAUGUUAUAAUGUUGAAAAUGAAACAUUAAAUGUCAAUGCUCAAGUUAAAAAAGAUAAAGAGCAUAAAAUACAAGAAAAAAAGAAACCAGUUGAUGAGGAAAUUUAUUCAGUUGAAGAAAAUAUUGUUCUAAUUUCUAAACCAAAUAGUCAUCGAACAUCAAAUGAAAGUUGGUCAUGUGGAAGCGCAAGUUCAUCAACACAUAUUUCUAAUCGUAGAAUGGAAUCUGAUGAUGAUAAUGAUGGUCAAACAACAGAUGAUGAUGAUCAAUAUGUUAAAAAUAGGAAAGUUACAAAAAAGAAAAGAAAACUGGAUGAUGAAGACCGCCAUAUUUUUGAACAAUUUGGUUGUGAAAAACCAUAUUCAAGAGCAGCUAAGGUUAAAGCUACUGAAGCAAUAUCGUCACAAAUGAAAAAACCUCCUACUGGGAAAGAAAAGAAAAAUGAUGGGAAGCGAUCGAAGAAUGGCAAAAAAAAAGAUGAAGAGGAUCCAUUAUACUUUUCCUCUAAUUUGUCAGACUAUAACCUGACCUUACCGGUGCAUCUUCGACAGAUAUUGAUUGAAGAUAAACAUUUAAUUGAAGACGAUCGAUUUAUGGUAGUUUUACCUGCAAGAUUGACCGUACAUAUUAUUUUCCAUGACUAUGCAUCAAAAUAUGAAGUGUGCCAAAACACAUUAGAAGAAUUGUUAGUGGCGUUUAAUCUCUCGCUUAAUGUAUGGUUGUUACAUCAUCUAGAAAGACCCAAGUAUCUAGAAAUAUUAGAAAAAUAUCCAGGAAUAUCACCCAGCGAAAUUUAUGGCUUACCUCAUCUUCUCCGAUUUAUAAUAAAAUUGCCUAAACUCUUCCGUUUAUGGGGAAAUAUCCAGCACAAUUUCAUACCAAAUGUUAUUAAAUUCAUGCAAGGAUUAUUAGAUUAUCUCAACAAAGAACGUUUUGUUAUGACACAAGCUGACUAUGAUUGUAUUAUGCCAGAUUAUUAUAGAAUGGCAUACUAUUCUUAAUUAUUUUUUAUCUAUGAAAUCAUCUUUACUUUGUUAUACAUCAUUAAAAUAAAUAAAUUUUCUAUAAUCAUUUUUUUUUACUAAUUUCUUUAAACAAUAUUUUUAUUGUUUU